AUGGACAGAGUACUUCUGACUGGUGGCAGUGUCUUUAUUGCCACCAACAUUCCACAGUUUCUCCUCGAACGAGGUCACUCUGUCGUCACCACUGUGCGUAAUCAUGCCAAGGCGGAAAGCAUCAAGAAGGUAUAUCCUGACCUUGAACGCGACAGGCUCGAUUUUGCCAUCGUCCCUGACAUCGCCAACGCCAGUUCCUUCGAUGAAGUGGUUGUCUCUGACCCUCCGUUCGAAGCUGUCAUUCAUACCGCAAGCCCUUUCCACUUCAAUGUGACCGAUAUUAAGCGAGACCUUUUGGAUCCUGCCAUCAAUGGCACAACCGGCAUCCUCCAUGCAAUCAACAAAAGCGCUCCCUGUAUGAAGCGUGUGGCCUAA